AUUUUAUUUAUUUAUUAUAUAUACACACUAUAUAGUCUAUAACGUAUAUGCCUAUAUGGUGCCUGGCAGAUUUAUUCACACCACUUCAAACACAUUUCUAGUGUAGUAAACUCAAUAAUUACAUCCACCACCACCUUCAUUCUCCGGCAUGUCUCCUCCACCACCACCACCACAAGAUGAAGAACAAUUCAUCUUCCGCUCCAAACUCCCCGACAUUCCCAUCCCCACACACCUUCCUCUCCACUCUUACAUCUUUGAGAACCUCCCCCGCUUCCAACACCGCCCAUGCCUCAUCGACGGCGACACCGGAAAAAUCCACACCUAUGCCGACGUCCACCUCGCCUCCCGGAAGAUCGCCGCCGGCCUCCACUCCCUCGGCAUCCGCCACGGUGAUGUGAUCAUGCUCGUCCUCCGUAACUGCCCCCAGUUUGCCCUUGCCUUCCUCGGCGCCUCGUUUGCCGGAGCCGCCGUCACCACCGCCAACCCCUUCUACACGCAAUCGGAGCUAGCAAAACAAGCAACGGCCACAAAAACAAAACUCAUCAUCACACAAUCCGCGUAUCUUGAAAAAAUCAAUGGCUUCACGGAGAGCAAUGAUAUCACCGUGAUAAGCAUUGAUUCCACAGAAAACAGAGGUGCUCUGCAUUUCUCUGUUUUGACAGACGCCGACGAAAACAGAGCACCGGAAGUUGAAUUCAGCCCAAACGACAUCGUUGCGCUACCGUUUUCUUCCGGCACGUCGGGGCUUCCCAAAGGGGUGGUGUUAACCCAUCAGAAUCUUGUCACCACGGUGGCGCAGCUCGUCGACGGUGAAAAUCCUCACCAGUAUACUGACGAAGAGGACGUGCAACUCUGCGUGCUCCCAAUGUUUCAUAUCUACGCGCUGAACUCCAUUUUGCUGAGUAGUAUGCGCGCCGGUGCGGCGGUGCUGAUUCUGCAGAAGUUUGAGAUUGUGACGCUGUUGGAGGUUAUACAGAAGUACAGGGUGACGGUGGCGUCGUUUGUGCCGCCGAUUGUUUUGGCGUUGGUUAAGAGCGGGGAAGCUCACCAGUACGACUUGUCGUCGAUUCGGGUCAUGAUCACCGGUGCGGCGCCUAUGGGGAUGGAGCUUGAAGAGGCUGUGAAGGCAAGGCUUCCACAAGCCAAACUAGGACAGGGAUAUGGAAUGACAGAGGCAGGGCCACUGGCCAUUAGCUUAGCAUUUGCAAAGGAGCCUUUCAAGACAAAAUCAGGUGCAUGCGGGACCGUCGUAAGAAAUGCCGAGAUGAAAAUCGUGGAUACAGAGACCGGUGCUUCCCUUCCAAGAAACAACCCCGGUGAAAUUUGCAUCAGAGGCACAAAGGUUAUGAAAGGGUACUUGAAUGACCUAGAGGCGACGAAAAGAACUGUAGACAAAGAAGGGUGGUUACAUACCGGUGAUAUAGGUUUCAUCGACGAUGAUGAUGAGCUUUUCAUCGUCGAUCGAUUAAAGGAGUUAAUCAAAUACAAAGGAUUCCAAGUAGCUCCUGCCGAGCUCGAAGCAUUGUUGAUUGCUCACCCAAACAUUUCUGAUGCUGCUGUUGUACCCUUGAAAGAUGAAGCUGCAGGAGAAUUACCAGUUGCAUUUAUCGUGAGAUCAAAUGGUUCUAAGAUCACCGACGAUGAAAUCAAACAGUACAUUUCAAAACAGGUGGUAUUUUACAAGAGAAUCAACAGAGUUUUCUUCACGGACGCCAUUCCUAAAGCAGCCUCAGGCAAAAUUCUGCGAAAGGAACUAACUGCAAGACUAAACAAAGAUUUGGUGGCCACAUAGAAUCUUACGUGUGAAGAAGACGAAUAUACCCUCACCAACUGCAAGGAGAUACUCUAUAUAAUAGCAGAAGAAAGUCAUGGUUGUUUUGUUUUACUUGCAACAUUAGAGGCCGUUUAUGUUUUGGUUGCUGUUCUUAUUUUUAUGUCAUUAUUCUAGCUAGUACUACAGUGAAUCAUGGAUUGGUUGACCUGUACUACUAUUGUAAACUUUUAGAUAAAUUAUUAUUGCAAAA